AGGUGGCAGGGCUCAGGCAUCCGUGUGUGUCCCAGGUGACUUUCCUGCCCACCGGAGUUUAGAAACCGCAACUUAAAACUUUUUAAUGAUCAUGUCCUAUAAAAUUGCAGCAUAAAUGACUACCUAGCUCUGAUUUAAAUAAAGUGAAUAUCUCCACUCUGGAAAUACAUGCACCAAAAUGUCGAUAGCUGUUUCUGUGGCUCUGUGUCUCCUGCAGAUUUCUAACCAGCAUAAUGCUGGAGCCGGGGGCCGCCCACCUGCAGUUUUCAGAAUGGCUGAGCUGGACACUGACUUGGAUCACAUCCUUCCAUCUUCUGUUCUCGCGCCUUUCUGGGCCAAGUUAGUCGUGGGAUUUGUUUCCCUCGUGUGUUUUGCACGGAGCUACGAUGGAGAUUUUGUCUUUGAUGACUCUGAAGCUAUUGUUAAUAAUAAGGACCUCCAAGCAGAAACACCCCUUGGCGACCUGUGGCACCAUGACUUCUGGGGCAGCAGACUGAGCAGCAACACCAGCCACAAGUCCUACCGGCCUCUCACCGUCCUGACUUUCAGGAUUAACUACUAUCUGUCGGGCGGCUUCCACCCCAUGGGUUUCCACGUGGUCAAUAUCCUCCUGCACGGUGGCAUCUCUGUCCUCAUGGUAGAUGUCUUCUCGGUGCUGCUCGGUGGCCUGCAGUACACCAGCAGAGGCCGGAGGGUGCACCUGGCGCCCAGGGCGUCCCUGCUGGCCGCGCUACUGUUUGCUGUCCAUCCUGUGCACACCGAGUGUGUUGCUGGUGUUGUUGGCCGCGCAGACCUCCUGUGUGCUCUGUUCUUCCUGCUCUCUUUCCUCGGCUACUGUAAAGCGUUCAAAGAAAGUAACAAGGAGGGAACACAUCCUUCUACCUUCUGGGUGCUGCUGAGUAUCCUUCUGGGAGCAGUGGCCAUGCUGUGCAAAGAGCAGGGGAUCACCGUGCUGGGUGUGAACGCCAUAUUUGACAUCUUGGUGAUUGGCAAAUUCAACGUUCUAGAAAUUGCCCAGAAGAUGCUACAUAAGGGCAAGUCAUUAGAGAAUGCUGGCGUGCUCAGGAAUGGGGGCCUGCUCUUCAGAAUGGCCCUCCUCACCUCGGGAGGGGCCGGGAUGCUGUACAUGCGCUGGAAAAUCAUGGGCACGGGCCCGCCAGCCUUCACCGAGGUGGACAACCCGGCCUCCUUUGCCGACAGCGUGUGGGUGAGGGCCAUAAACUAUAAUUACUACUAUUCACUGAAUGCCUGGCUGCUGCUGUGUCCCUGGUGGCUGUGUUUUGAUUGGUCAAUGGGCUGCAUCCCCCUCAUUAAGUCCGUCAGCGACUGCAGGGUAAUUGCACCCGCAGCACUCUGGCUCUGCCUAAUUGGCCUAAUAUGCCAGGCCCUGUGCUCCGAGGACGGCCACAAGAGAAGGAUCCUUACCCUGGGCCUGGGAUUUCUUGUGAUCCCAUUUCUCCCUGCAAGCAACCUGUUCUUCCGAGUGGGCUUCGUGGUGGCAGAGCGAGUCCUGUACCUCCCCAGCGCCGGGUACUGCAUGCUGCUGACCUUCGGGCUUGCAGCCCUGAGCAAACACACUAAGAGAAAGAAACUAAUUGCUGCCAUCGUGCUGGGGACUUUAUUCGUCAACACGCUGAGGUGUGUGAUUCGCAGUGGCCAGUGGCGGAGUGAAGAACAGCUCUUCAGAAGUGCCCUGUCUGUGUGUCCCCUCAAUGCUAAGGUUCAUUACAACGUUGGCAAAAACCUGGCUGAUAAAGGCAACCAAACGGCAGCCAUCAGAUACUACCGGGAAGCUGUGAGAUUAAAUCCCAAGUAUGUUCAUGCCAUGAAUAAUCUUGGAAAUAUCUUAAAAGAAAGAAAUGAGUUACAGGAAGCAGAGGAGCUGCUGUCUAUGGCUGUACAAAUACAGCCGGAUUUUGCUGCUGCAUGGAUGAAUUUGGGCAUCGUGCAAAACAGCCUAAAACGGUUUGAAGCAGCAGAGCAAAGUUACCGGACAGCAAUUAAACACAGAAGGAAAUACCCAGAUUGUUACUACAACCUCGGCCGUCUGUAUGCAGAUCUGAAUCGUCACGUCGACGCGUUGAAUGCGUGGAGGAACGCCACCGUGCUGAAACCAGAGCACAGUCUGGCGUGGAACAACAUGAUCAUACUCCUUGAUAAUACAGGUAAUUUAGCCCAAGCGGAAGCAGUUGGAAGAGAGGCCCUGGAAUUGAUACCCAAUGAUCACUCUCUUAUGUUCUCGCUGGCAAACGUGCUGGGGAAAUCCCAGAAAUACAAGGAAUCUGAAGCUUUAUUCCUCAAGGCAAUUAGAGCGAAUCCAAAUGCUGCAAGUUACCAUGGUAAUUUGGCUGUGCUGUAUCAUCGCUGGGGACAUCUAGAGUUGGCCAAGAAACACUAUGAAAUCUCCUUGCAGCUUGACCCCGCGGCAUCAGGAACGAAGGAGAAUUACGGUCUGCUAAGAAGAAAGCUAGAACAAAUGCAAAAGAGAGACGUUUGAUCCUUUUUCCUGCAUUUUUUUUUUGAGUUUGCGUGUGUGUACAUGAGGCAUAUCAUUGAUAUUAUGCGGUUAAGUUUAACCACUUAAGUCUAAACACGUUGUUUAUUUCUGUUAUUUUUUUCUAUGAAAACCGAGACAUGCAAAAAGAUUAUAGCACCAGCAAUACACUCUUGAAUGCUUGAUAUGAUUUUUGCAUUGAAAUUGUAUUUUUUCAGAUGAUUCAAAUGUAAUUCUAAAAUUCCAAAAAUAGUCUUUUUUAAUUAAACAGAAAAAGAGAAAAAAUUACCUUGAAAUGACUUUUAGUAGCGUUAAACCUGCAUUUUGGGAUAUAUGCCUUGUUGUGUGUGGACUAGCACUAUUAAACUUCAAUGGCAGCCAAGAAAGAACAGCCUGGCUCCUACAAUUUAUAAUAUAAAUAUCAAAUGUGUCUGUAUAUUAGCAUUUUUAUUUAAUGACCAGAAAGAGCAAAUUAAGAUUCUUGGGGGUUUUUUUUAAUCUCUUUUUAAAAAACAAUAUACAGUGAAUUUUGUUUAUAAGGAAAUAUUUAUUUGUACAUUCACGUUUUGAAAAGGUAAAUAAUUGAAUGAGGGAUGGAAAUGUGUGUAUGCUGUUCUUCUCUAGGAAGAAUUGCCUCCUGCAAUGUUUGUUUUUUUUGUUUUUUUUUUUGAUUCUCCAACUUUGUGCUGUUUCCACGCGUAUGUUGCCACUAUCAACAGAAAAUUCAAGCCAUGUUUUAGGCAAGAGCAGGCAGUCAUCUUAUUUUUGUUAUAUAGAAGGUUAAGAGGUGACACAUCUUUGUUAAGUUGCAUUUAUCUGUUUUUAAUUGUAAAGCAGUUUUCCAUCUUGCUUAGUGGAACUAACAGACAUUAUCCAGAAAAAUACAAAAUGUUCUCUCGAAAGGAGCCACAGUUGGGGAGUUUGUGGCAUUUUUGAGAAUUAUUUUUCCUGUUGUAUUUGAUCUGACCAUCAUGUUGAGAUUGGUUCUACUCUGUAUGCUGUGGUCCUAAUGAAUCAUGCAAUCUCCGUAAUUUCUUAUGCAGUAAAAUUAUUACACAAACUAG